GUCAGCGCACGUCAUGGUUCAGGUGCCAGCGCGCGCGCAUCGCACGCUGCAGUCAGUGCAUUAUGGCCGCGCGCGCCGUUCUCGCGCUUGCCGCGCUCGCUGUACUCGCGACUGCGCAGCCAACAUACGUGUACGUCCGAGAAGACCCAAACGUCAAUGACGUUGACGAUGUCGAAGUCGACGUCGAGCAACGUCAAACGACGCAGCUUCGUGACGAACUUCGCUCCGCCAGGGAAGAUGCUCUGCUGCUGUACACGGAAUAUUCGGCGAAGGUUGGAAAGGAUAUGAAGACUUUUAUCAAGGAGAUGGUGGACUUGAAGGAAGAGACGAAGAAAGGGGUGGAAGAGACGCUGAGGAACGCUCCCGAACAUUGCUCGUCAAAAUUCGACCUGAGCGUAGCAGAGGCGGUGCGUGACGCGCGACGCGCCGCCACCUUCAGUGCCGAGAACCAUCAUAAGUUCCUGCUAGGACACAUGGUAGUGUUCCGAAUGCAUCUCAACAAGAGUGACGAUUAUAUCCAGAAAUGUGACAAGAUGUUUUUAGACUGCGGAUUGGCAUGUGAGACGAUGCCACGCAUGAAACGCUGGCGCAGCCUAGCCCAGCAAGAGAUCAACCGCGUCCGCGACGACAUCCUUCACUCGCGCCACGCGUACAAGGACCUAGUUGCGCAUGCGACGCGGAAACUGAACCACGUGCGUAAGCACACCCGUGCUAGAGCCGACAAAGCUGGUGACGAGCUGGAAAAGUGUAUUAAAUCGUAAUAUGUCUUAUGCGAAGAACCUUA